CCUCCUCCCCAGCCUUCCCUUCCAGGCCACCAUGUCUGCUGGCAAUGGCACCCCUCGCAGGUCAGCAGCGGGGGAGGAGAUGUGGGCGGGAUCAGGAGUGGAGCUGGAAGACGCAGAGCUCCCCACUUUCUCAGCUGCAGCCAAGGUCCGAGUGGGGGUGACCGUGGUGCUCUUCGUUUCUUCAGCUGGCGGUAACUUGGCCGUGCUGUGGUCUGUGACACGGCGGCAAUCCAGCCAGUGCCGACCCUCUCCCGUCCGCCGACUCUUCGCCCAUUUGGCAGCUGCCGACUUGCUGGUCACUUUUGUGGUUAUGCCCCUAGAUGCUACCUGGAAUAUUACUGUUCAGUGGCUGGCUGGGGACAUCGCAUGUCGGACACUUAUGUUCCUGAAACUAAUGGCCAUGUAUGCUGCAGCUUUCCUGCCUGUGGUCAUAGGACUUGACCGCCAGGCAGCAGUACUCAACCCGCUUGGACCCCGCUCAGGUGCAAAGAAACUUCUGGGGAUAGCCUGGGGACUUAGUUUCCUGCUUGCCUUGCCCCAGCUGUUCCUGUUCCAUACUGUCCGCAAAGCUGGCCCAGUCCCCUUCACUCAGUGUGUCACCAAAGGCAGCUUCAAGGCUCAAUGGCAAGAGACCACCUAUAACCUCUUCACCUUCUGCUGCCUCUUUCUGCUGCCACUAACUGCCAUGGCCAUCUGCUAUAGCCGCAUUGUCCUCAGUGUGUCCAGUCCUCGAACCAGAAAGGGGAGCCAGGCCCCUGCUGAUGAAUUUAUCCUACGCCGCUCCUUAGACACUCGCCCCCGUGUUCGUCUUCGGGCCCUGCGACUGGCCCUCCUUGUUUUGCUGACCUUCGUCCUCUGCUGGACACCUUAUUACCUACUGGGUCUGUGGUACUGGUUCUCCCCCACCAUGCUAACUGAAGUCCCUCCCAGCCUCAGCCAUAUCCUUUUCCUCUUUGGCCUUCUCAAUGCUCCUUUGGAUCCUCUCCUCUAUGGAGCCUUCACCCUCGGCUGCCGGAGAGGGCACCAAACACUCAGUAAAGACUCCUCCCAGGAAGGAGGGUCUGGGAGAAUGCCCCAACAGGAGAGUAAAACCCUCAGACAGCUGAAAAUGCAAACAAUUGUGACAUCAAGAGGAGGAGAAACAAAAGAGACAUUCCUAUAACAUCCGUUUUCUCACAACGGAGUAUAAAGAAUAGUCAUUACUCUCCAAUACCCUAAGAACAUCUCUCUGCUGCCCCUGUUUUUUUAGCUUCCAACAAAAGAAGUGCUGCAGAAGAACUGUUUUGACCUGAGAUUUGAGACUAUGUCUAAAGCAGAAACUCACAGAAUUCAAUCCUUAAUAGAAGUAUCUCCACAAUGACCCAUAUUGCCUUACUAUAAAUAGUGCAUCAGAGCUUCACUACUACAACAUGAAAGUAAUUUUAAAUGUAGAAAACCAAAAACUAAAAAGGAACAUUUAUUCAUGACUCAAAAGAAACAGUAAACAGGAUAACAGUUUAAAUAUAAACAGAGUGAGUUCCACUUCAGCCCUAUUUGUUGACGGCUUGCAUAGCCAAAUGGAAUCUUGGAGAGACCACCUGGACAAGAGAGGAACUGUCAACGACGUCUCCGGUCUGGACUCCUGCUGCGCCUUCGGCCACCUCUAGGGAAAAAGGAAGGCAGGGAAUUCAUCAUAGGAUAUAAUAAAAUGUCCUUGUUCAGUUUUAUUCAUGUCCCUUCACCAACAGUGUUUGCCCUCUCCAUUUUACCUUCUCUUGCCUUUGGGUGGACCUCGAACAAAACACCAAUCUACGCUGAUCUGCUGUCCCAUCAAAUCCUGGCCAUUGAGUCCUUCCAUAGCAGCCUGGGCUUCUUUGUAUGUUUCAUAUUCAACUAGAGUAUAACCCUGGGUAAGUGAAAAGUAAGAUGUUAAAACCUUCCUGUUUUACCAAGCAUCAAGUAUCCUCAUCCUCAAAUAUAAAUUCAUACUUAAAAAGAAAAAUCUAAAAGCUUUACACAAUGAAUGUACAUCCUAUGUCCCUACUGUA